CAACAUGGCGCUGGUUGUGUUGUGAGAUGACAACAUCGCAGUAUUCGUAGUUUGUGUCGAAUUUUUUGAAUAAACACAAGUUCACUUACCACAUUUUGAUGUAUUAAAAUAUGUGAAUUUAAAAUACAUAUUGUGUUAACGUGAAAACUGUUAAAACUAUCGCCAGAACAGUCGUUUGUGUUAGUGGGAAAAGUACUUGGCUCACGUAAAAAUGGCGGUUGUGUUAUCUGUGUGGGUUGUGUUUUCGUUCCAAUAGAGAAAGUGAAAGAAAUGGUUUCAAGUGUUAGGACCCUGGAAACGUUAUUGGGCAUUUGAGACUGGAUGUAAAUUGGUGAUGAACUCGUUGCUUGGGCCGUACGAUUUGACGAGACGGCAGUGGGGUGAUCAAUUUUGAUGCAAUUAUCGGAAUGUCGCGCUGGGGCAGAGGGCGAGGCGGCAGCGUGGCCGUGCCGCUGGACAGCGCGCUGUUCAGGGAGAACAGUAACUGCCCCACGGCCGCGCGCUCCGCGGGCACCGUCGGCAAGUGGGGAAUCACCAGCUUCACUUCUAUCAGAAGUGCUCCGUACGCAUACACUAGUGCUGCUAAGAAACCUGUCCAAGACCAAAAUAGUCCAUUGACAGUACCUGCAGUAGAAACUGAAGCGCCACCUCCAAAACCUAAGAAAUUCUUCAAGUCUCGUAAUGCCGAGGCUCUCCCACCCGUGCCUCAGAUCACAUAUGCACCACCGGUGGUGGCUGCACCUCUAUCACCUGAGCAUCCAUCCAAUAGUAGAGAUAAAAGAACGAAAAAGGGUAAAGCAGCAUCUGCUUAUACACGAGACUCUUGCUCACCAGAAGCUCCCAGAUAUAAAGGCUCUGAAAAACCUAAGGCAAGGAAGAAUUCAGUGGUCACCAAGGCAUCUAAGAAAGAGGAGUUCCCAGACGAUGAGGCUAAGCCACCAAACAAGAGGUAUUUGGUGCGGAACAGGAAUAAAGUGAUUAACUAUGCAGAGGAUGGUAGUAACAGUCCUAUUCCCGAUUUCACACGGUAUGAGUCUCUUAUACCACCACCUCCUAAAGAGCCUUCACCUCAGCCGAGCCCUUCGGUCUCCAGCCCUACUUAUGUGAAACCUGGGGUAGCGAGCCCAUCUCUAUCAACUCCGUCAACUCCAACCAGUAAAGACGGUGGAGAUGAUCGUAAACCACCUCCAAUUGUACUUAGAAUAUCCAAAGGCACUUCUAGAAUAGUGAGCACUGAUUCUAAUGAAGGGUUCACAUCUCCAGGCUCAGACAGGCAUUCUUCAAUGGACACACAUUCUGACUAUGCACCGGAAUUGAAGCAAAGCCCAUCUAUGGAAUCAAUUAGCUCACCUAAGCAUGAAGGUUUGAAAAUUACAAUCAAAUGCUCAGGUCUAAAUGAGGCCAAUAAAAAAGAGAAGAAGAAGGAAAAGAAGGAUCACAAAUCUCACAAGCGGCACCACAAAAACUCAGAUGAUGAGCCACUUAAGAAGGCUGCAUCCCCUCAACCAGGCACUGAUGCUUAUGAAUUGUACAAGACACUUGCAUCUCCAGCACCAGAGACCCAAGACAAGCAACCUGUCCUGGAUGAAAUAGAAUCACAGUUGGCUGAACUAGAUUCUACUGGGCCAUCAGCAAAGUCACCAAAGUUGGAAGCUUCCACAGAACCUCUACCAGAGCCUAAACCUCCAGAGAGUAUGUCAGGUAGAGCUCGACGGAAUAGAGCCAAAAUUAAUUAUAGUGAAAAUGAUGAUUAUUUAGAUGCUGUCACAUCAAAGCGACUCCCACCAAAAGUGAUCCUCCCUCCUGAACCCAAAAAAGAGGGAAGGAAAGGAAGGCACAAGAGGGAGGCUGCAGAAGGAACAUCUACAAUAACAUCACCAAAUCCAAGUGUAGAACCUGAAUCUCAUAUUGAGAAAAAUGAACUGAUAGAUAUUUUAUCAGGUGCCACUGAAAAUGAACCUAUAAAACUUAAAAUUAGUAAAAAGCAAAGAAAUAAACCUAACAGUAAGCAAUCAAGCCCGCACAGUGUUGUGGAUAUUCCUCAAGAAAAUAUUAGUGAGCCUCCUGCUCAUGAUCCAAUGCCACAAGAAGAUAAACCCGUUGAGGAGACUCCUCCUCCUCCAGAGCACUAUGAGCCACCUGCACCUAGGAUCCCUGAUCCAGAGCCAGCAGUUGCCGCCCAUAAUUCACCAGAACCGCCUGACAAUUAUGCACAUGACUUUGACGACGAAGUUCCGAAGCCUCAGGAAGAUGUGUUCAAAGCUCCUCAGGGCGUGAGUGACACAGAAGGCCAGUCGGAAGACAAGCCCAGUGUGAAAUUGGUGAUCACUAAGAAAAAGGGAUCCAUCUUCAAGAGCAAAUCUCUGAUGAAUGACAGUGAGUCAUCCCCGCUGCCUGCGAGGAAACGGCGCCAUCUUUACAAGCAUGAAUGGGCAAAUGACAAAGGCAACGAGACGCCACGGCGGGAGCCCGAGCAAGCGGAGUCUGCAGAAGGCGCCGGCAACCCCAGCACCGACGUACCUGACGAGCUGACGAGGAUCACUCGGUAUCGCGCGCCUGACCCCAUAGCUGACAUGGACUCGUCUGACGCCGUCAAACCGUACACCAGUGUCCGCUGCGCUAAAGAGGCUAAAGAGUACUACACAGUUGUAAGAAAUGUAAAGAAGGCUCAUCAGAUACAAGAGAUAGGCGAGUUCCAGGAGUUCAACGAUGAUGUGGAAUAUCUCUUGGAUGCACUACAGGACAACAACCCGAUAUCGACGCGCUGCCUGUCGGCCAUCACGCUGGCAAGCAAGUGCACGGCGCCGGCGUUCCGCAUGCACCUGCGCGCCCACGCCACCGUGCAGAAGUUCUUCAGCGCACUGCACGACGCCACUAAUGACCAGAGCCUGGGCCUGUGCACGGCGACGGUGAUGUUCGUGCUGUCGCAGGACCGCCUCAACAUGGACCUGGACCGCGAGUCGCUCGAGCUCAUGCUCAACUUGCUCGAGUCCGACGUCUCACACAAAAACGCCCUGGACGACUGCGGGCUGACCUCAGCGCAACUGACAAAGACGCAGGAGCGAGUGCGCGAGCUGUGCGCCGAGAUCAAGAGCCAGGGGAAGGCCAAGGACUUGGACCUGGAGAAUAUAACUGUGGGCCACUUAGCCAUGGAGACCCUUCUCUCCUUAACCUCAAAACGCGCCGGCGAGUGGUUCAAAGAGGAGCUCAGGGUCCUCGGCGGCGUGGACCACAUCCUGCGCACGAUACAAGACUGCGUGUGUCGCCUACGCGCCCCGGCCGCCUCGUGGGGGCCCGCCGAUGUGGACGUGUUGAGGAAGGCGGACCGGUGUAUGCGGGUGUUGGAGAAUGUGACCCAACAAAACGAAGAGAACCAGCUAUACCUAGUAUCGGGCGAGCGGACUGGCGUGGUCCGCACUCUCUCCUCCCUUCUGUGGCUGUGUGUGGAGGAGGCUCGCGGCGUCCCGGCCACGCUGAGGGGGCCCCUGUUGGAUGCGGCUUUACCGAAUAUCAAAGUGCUGGUGAAUCUGUCGCACGCUUUUGGACUUACCGCAUCGCUGGGCGCGACGGUGGUGGGCGAGCAGGUGGCCAUCAUGGAGGUCUGCCUCGUCGUCCUCAACAACCAAGGAAACUUUGUACCUGAAGAUAGAAACUUUGAAUUUAGCGUUUGCGUGCUCCUGCUCCUAAUAAACCUGGUCCAGAACAACAUCCCGAACACGGAGCGUCUACUCCAGCUUCGCUUGCGAGUGGACAGCGACGCGGACAUCAUGGCGCAGCGAGUGCCCGCGCUCGACCUCAUUGUGCAGCUGUUCUACACGCACGAGCUAAGAGCCAAACAAGCGGAGGAGAACACGGACGCGCUGCUGGACGGCGAGAAGGACACUGAAGACAAGAAGAAACAAACACAAGACGACAUUGACGAGACCGUCGCCAAACUGCUAGCGCGCGCCGGCACGCACAUGGAACACACGAUGGUGGGCGCCUACACGGCGCUCCUACUGGGCCACAUGGCGUCGCUGUGCGCGCCUCUAGCCGCCGCCGUGCGCGCGCGCGUGCGCAGUUACAGCGCACUGCUGCCCACGCUCAACAAGUACUACAACUUCUUGACGCUGACUGCUAGUGCGGAAGCGACGAUAGUAGCUCACGUGAAGGCGACACAACGCAUCAUCAAGUUCAUGGAGGCGAGCGACGAGCAGGACGCGCAGGCCUCGGCCCCCGCGCCCCCCGCGCCCCCCGCCUACCCCCCGCGCCCCGCCGGCUACUACCAGACCUCGCCCUCGGACAUGCCGCAGGACAUGUCCAUAAACAACCUCACAUACAACUCAAUGAACUACAGCUCGUCGGGUUCAGAUAGGAUGUCGUCGUCCAUGGAAAUGGAGGGGUAUCAUUGAGUUGGUGUCUGUACGGAUUGAUUGCAGCUAUUGGUUUGAUGUUCGCGGAAUGUGUGGUUUAUGUUGGGUUGGUGUUGGGGAAUCUUGAGAAGAGGGAUAGGCUAGUUUUGCGUUAAACUAAACCCUACAGUCAUAUUGAGUGGCUGCUAAGAUAGGUACCCUCCAUCAGUAACUAAAAUUACGUUAUAUGUGUGUCUCGAUACAGAUAUAAUAGAUGGUAGCUAGUUCAAGAUUCCCUCCUAGGACAAUGUUUAGACCGAAUCGACUCGUAAUGUCUUCGUUAGUGUCUACGGUGGUGUAUGUUUACGUCAUUCAUUACGUGUACGUGAUAGAGUUAUUGUUAUAGAGUGGAUAAAAUAAAACAUAUUUUCAAUUAGAGUAAUGCAUGAGUUUGUCUAAAAUAAAUACUGACUUUA